AAUGUAGUAGCCUGAUUUCUCCUAGGUCUCGGAUUUCAUCUUGUAUACACUACUAAUCUGAGCGGCGCAGAGAUGCGACGCCAUUAGAGCGAGCUCGAAUUCGGAUAGAAGAGAGUUGGGCAGCUGGAUCAUGGGCUCCGUUGGCUUGGCGCGAAUGCUGAGGUCGCUGUGCGUCGCCGGCGAUCUCGCUAGGGCGGUGGGUCUCCUGUGGCGGAGUACGGUGUGCCCCGGUGAGGGGACCUACGCGCUUCUGCUGCAGGAAUGCGUGAACCGGCGGGACGCGAGGAUGGGGAAGAGGAUCCACGCGCGCAUGGUGUCGGUGGGGUUUGGCGGCGGCGUCUACAUCGUCACCAAGCUGCUGAUCUUUUACGUCAAGAUCGGUGAGCUUGGUGUUGCGCGGAAGGUGUUCGACGGAAUGCCGCAGAGGAGCGUCGUGGCGUGGAACGCCAUGAUAUCCGGGUGCGCGCGCGGCGGCGCGGAGGCGCGGGCGGUGGAGAUGUUUGGGUCGAUGCGGGCGGAGGGGAUGAGGCCGGACCAGUUCACGUUCGCGUCGGUGCUCUGCGCGUGCGCGAGGCUGGCCGCGCUGGAGCACGGCCGGCGCGUGCACGGCGUCAUGGUCAAGUCGCGCGUCGGCGGCGGCAACGUCUUCGUCGACAGCGCGCUCGUCGACAUGUACCUCAAGUGCAGCAGCCCCGAGGAGGCGCGCCGGGCGUUCGCGGCGGCGCCGGCGCGGAACGUCACCAUGUGGACCGCCGUCAUCUCCGGGCACGGCCAGCACGGGCGCGCCGCGGAGGCGCUGGCGCUGUUCGACCGGAUGACGCGGGUGGACGGGCUCCGGCCGAACGACGUCACGUUCCUCGCCGUGCUCUCGGCGUGCGCGCACGCCGGGCUCGUCGGCGAGGGUCUGCGCCACCUCUCGUCCAUGUCGUCGGGCUACGGCCUCACGCCGAGGGGCGAGCACUACGCGGCGGCGGUCGACAUGCUCGCCAGGGUCGGCCGGCUCGGCGACGCCUACGAGCUCGUCAAGAACCUGCCGGACUGCCAGGAGCACUCGGUGGUCUGGGGCGCGCUGCUCGGCGCCGGCAGGAAGCACGGCGACGUGAGGCUGGUCGAGCUCGCCGCGCGCCGCUUCUUCCGGCUGCAGCCGGGGAACGCCGGCAAGUACGUCGUCCUGGCGAACGCGUACGCCGCGCGCGAGAUGUGGGGCAGCGUCGCCGGCGCGCACGAGGCGAUGCGGUCGCUGGGAAUCAAGAAGGAUCCGGCCUGGAGCGCCGUCGAGGUCCGGGGCAAAAGGCACACCUUCCUCGCCGGCGACUCGUACCACGACGAGCGCUCGGCGAUAUACGCGGCCUGCAACGCGUUGGCCGCCGCCGUCGCCGAGCAGUCCGUGCCUCCGGUUAUGGAUGGAGAUGAUGCCAGCCAUUGCAGCUGAGCUGAUUGGUGAUGUGAAGUGGCAUUGCAUUUUCAUCAUUUGAGAUGUUGCUUCUAUGAAGCAACAAGCCUGCUAAAUGAUCGAUUGUCAGUUGUCAGUUGUCACUCGCUCAAUUUCAUGAACAUUUGCAAAUUUUGCAUCCUCUUUCAAAGAGGGUUCAAAGAGAUCACAGGGCCUGUAGAUUUUUUGCAACUUGAGAACUGUUGUGCCCUUGUUCUAGACCCACUGCAAUUUUGAUCUGUUAUUAGCCGGGUUCGGGCUGCAACUACAAAAGUUGCAUCUUGGAGAAAUCUGAUGCAUGAGAAAAUUGGCGCCAAGAUAAACAUAUGGGAGAAGGUCCGGAGCAAACGACAUGAAAGUACACCAUUGUAAUGUAUUUACCCUUUUGCUCUAUCCCAGUCACUGAUCACGACCUUGCUUCCAGAAUACUAGCAUUAUGUAACACAAGAUCACAUCACCUGUUCAUGUUAUUGAGAUUCAGAACACUUUGAAUGACAUCUGGUCCUAGUCUGUGGUUUGGAUCCUUGCAGACUUGCAGAGCCAUGAAACAAAUCCUCACUGUUCUCGAGUCACAUGCAGAUCCUCGAAUGUCAGCAGUUCAGUAAGAAUCAAAUGUCAGUAUGCGGAUUGCCAGGAGACAGAAAUACAGACAGGCAGACAGACAGUACUGAUUGUACCAUGUGAAGAGGAAGUUUCUGAAUGAAACACAUGACAGAAUCAUCAGUGUGGUGACUGGUGAACUCAAAGAGAGUCUGAGACAAGAGAUGGAACAGUAGAGGUCAGCUUCUGUGUCAGUAUCUCUGUUUCUCCUCAAAAUACUGUAUCUCAAAUGGAUAUUCCCAGAUUACACUUGAACAUUAGGAGAAAGAAAAGUUAAAGCAAAGAUGUACAGCCUCUCUUUUGUACCAGGUGAGCAUAUUGAGGAACCAAUACAUAUUAUUUUUUC